GUACCCGGCGGCCUGCGGAACGUCGCCGCGAGAGGACACGGCACGGGCGCACAUCUGUUUGGCCAGCAUCAGCGAGCACGCCAUCUCACCGUGUUUCACCGACGCCCUCAUCAUACUCUCUCGGAUGGUGCAAUCCCAAUAAUCUGCUCCCGGGCUAAGUCCUGCGUAGCCCUCCGACCUAGGUCCAUUCCUGCCGCCCGAUCUCUCCUAACCUACUCUCGCUACCGUCAUGGAAGAAUUUCCGUCUAUGCCGAUGCCUGCUAGCCACGAGCCGACUUCGAGACGCGAUGUUCACCAGCAUCUUCCCAGCGACUCGACGGUGAUGAACUUCAACAACCACGUAUCCCCCACCAACAGCACCCGUACCCAGAGACAGUCGUUCUCCCUGCCCGACCAAGACCCCAACCCGAAACCGUCGAGAGACAGCUGCGAUAGGCGGCGGCCCGAAGACGCCGAGGACGCAUCCCGUUUGCCCAACGUAUCCCAGCACCUCAUGGGUCAGGCCGUCACUCCCUUCCUCCGCGAACACAUACCGGGGCUGUACGCCCCGAUAGGCAAACCGGAUCUGCCAUCGAUGGCUAGCCUCAAGAUAAAGGACCCGAACAGCAAGUAUUGCUAUCGACACCGGCCGGAUUCGAAAUGCCGCAGGGCGGCGGACGAGACCAAGAUGGGCAUCAUCCAAAGUGAAUUGGAAAUGCUGCCCGCUGCUGACCAGCAAGCGAUUACGAGCGUGUGGUCUCUAUUCUCCGCGGCCCCGGCUAAACAUCGCGAGCUGAUGUUGCAGGGUAUCAUCACCCAGUGCUGCUUCCCCCAACUUUCCACCGUGUCCCGGGAGGUGCACGAGCAACUCAAGAUAGACUUCCUGACCGCGUUGCCGACCGAACUGUCCCUGAAGAUCCUGUGCUAUCUCGACUGCUCGUCUCUGUGCAAGGCUGCGCAGGUCAGCAGACGAUGGAACACCCUGUCGGGUGAUGAUAUCGUUUGGCACCGGAUGUGCGAGCAGCAUAUCGGGCGCAAGUGCGAGAAGUGCCAAUGGGGACUACCGAAGCUAGAGAGAAAAAGAUUGAAGGAGUGGAAGAUUGAGCAUCUAGCAGACCUACAGGUCGUCCAUAGAGGGCCAUCCGUCGCCGCCAACCACAGCUCGCCUGCCAUUGGAUUGGGCAAGCGCAGCGCCUCCGCUCUCGAGGACGCAGGUGGUGACUCAGCCAAGCGCCAAUGCGUCAAUGGUGUUAGCGAUUCGAGCCAGACGUCUACGGGUACGCAAAGGUGUAGGCCGUGGAAGGAUUUGUACCGAGAAAGGUUCCGGGUCGGGUCCAACUGGCGUUACGGUCGGUGUACUAUUAAGACAUUCGCCGGCCAGCACACGAAUGGCAUCACGGCCUUGCAAUUCGACGACAACAUCCUCGCUACGGGCUCCUACGAUUCGACGAUCAAGCUGUGGGAUAUUGAGAAGGGCGAGGUUAUACGCACUCUACACGGCCAUACAAUGGGGAUUCGGGCCCUCCAGUUCGACGAUCGGAUGCUCGUCUCCGCUAGUUUGGACGGGACGGUCAAGAUUUGGAACUGGCGGACCGGCGCCUGCAUCAACACCCUUAAUCACCAAGACGGUGUCAUUACCGUGCAUAUGGACGGGGGCCUUCUAGCAUCCGGAUCCAUGGACAAAUCAAUCAAGAUCUUCAACUUCAAGACACAGCAGUCCUAUAGUCUGCGCGGCCAUACCGACAUGGUGAACCAGGUUCGUAUUGAUUCGGCGUCGCGCACGCUCCUCUCCGCCUCGGACGAUUGCACAGUGAAACUUUGGGACCUCGACACCAAAGUCUGUAUCAAGACGUUCGAGGGCCACGUCGGACAAGUUCAGCAGGUCCUGCCACUCCCGGACGACUACGAAUUUGAGGAAGAGACCACGACACGCGAGAGCGACACCACGUCCGUCAGCGGCACGCCUCCGGGCGGCUGUUCGUCGUCGAGUUCGUCAACCCCUGCGGACGAGGAGCGGGCCGCGUACGGACCGCUCUUCCAAUACGACACCGAACGGCCACUACCCCCGCGAUAUAUGCUCACGGGGUCUCUAGACAACACGAUGAGACUCUGGGACACGGCGACGGGGAAGUGCCCGCGAACCUUUUUCGGGCACGUCGAAGGCAUAUGGGGCCUUGCGGCUGAUUCGUUGCGAUACGUUACUAGUGCUAACGACGCUACAGUCAAGGUCUGGGAUUCCCGCACCGGGAAAUGCGAGCGGACAUUUACCGGCCAUUCUGGCCCGGUGACUUGCGUCGGCCUCAGCGACAGCCGUAUGGCGAGUGGAAGUGAGGACGGGGAGGUACGGCUGUACAGCUUCGAGGGCGAGCCCUCGGAGGUUGAGGAGUUCGGAACCCCCGCCUGAGCACUGCGAGCGGAGCAGCAACAGCCGAUCGGCUCCGAGAGAACGUCGCUAUUUAUCGGUUACUACUGCACCACGGAUUUGCUUUACAGGGAGUGGGAUAGGGGACGAGCGGGAGCGAGAGGCGUUCGGCUAUACCAGCACCGAGAACCGGUCAUAGGGAUGAGAAAAAUGGGUUGGGCUUAUAGGGUUUUUAAUUUCACACAAACGGAAGUCUACGGGAUCGGGGAGGUGCGCGGCGUAUUAGGGCACUGCUCAGGGAAAGAAAGAAACAACCUAAGCGCACUGGCGGGAAUUGAGGGCGUCGUGGUGUCGGGUUCCGCGAAGAGGAGAUGUCCGUCAGUAUUUUUAGGAUAUGGCAUCCUAUAUUCAACAUUGACCGGGAGGCUAGGAGAGGGUGCGUUGAUUAACGAA